CUAAUAUAAAAUCUCCCUCAGCUUUUCAUCCAUCUAACAGAAAAUCUCCCCAAAAAACAAAAUCUCAACCAUUUUUGUUCCGCAAACUUCCCAAUUAAUCUCCACAAACCACAUAAUGGACGACAGCUUUCCCCUCAUCCCCGUUCUCCACCGAACCUCUUCCCCAUUCACCACCACCGUCACAACGUCCCAGCCGCGGCGCCGACCAUGAUUAAUCCACAAGAUCCACACCGCCGGCCGCUUUACCAGGAAACACCCCCACCACGCAUGGCCCGAUCCACCUCCUCCCCCAUCCACAGCGACGACAACUCCGACGACGACGACGUGGGGCUGCGUUACACGAGCCUGAAGGACAUAAUCUCGGGCGGAUCUCCGACGAGCCACCUGUGGGGCGCAGCUAAUUAUCAUCACCACGAGGGGAACGGGAACGGGUACGGGUACGAGUUCGACCCGUCAAGCAUCGCGAUCAGGAACCAUCUGGUGAAGCACGCGGCGUCGGCGUACGUGUCGGCGGCGACGAUCAUUAGCAUUCGGGAACGGAGCUGCAUGGAGUCGUGUUGGGAGAAAGUGGCGUCGUUUUCGUGUCUGGUCUGGGGGCCGUUGGGGGUUUGCUUCGCUCCGUUUUGUCAUUAAUUAGCGCAGCUAGGCUUGUCAUCAUAAUUACGUGAAGGUUGUCUUGUCAUAACUACGACGACCUCUUGUACAUAUAUGGGUUGUUUUUGCAUGUAAAAACGUAACAUAUUCUGAAUUAUUCCCUCAGUAAAUAUACACGGUAGAAUUUCUUGUUUUUUCCCCUUCUUUUUUCACUUUCACUUUUACCGACUAUCAGGAGAAAACGAGGGAUUUUCACUCCUUUUGAACUAUGCAACGGUCGACAGCACAGAAACAGGUGAGAAGAAGACGACACCAAACGACACAGGGUUGGCUAAAACGGACGUGAGGAAGAGGUCUUGGAGUGAUGUCGUUUCUGGCAAAGUGCCAAGUAGUACCUGAACUUUCUUUUUGUAACUUUUACCCUUUUCGGGUUGUCCUUUCUUUUCUUGCAAGAUUUGUCUUCUUUCUUGAAAUGUAUGCAACAUCAGAGAGCUUUGUACUGUUCUAUCCAGCUAUAUAAGCUGUGAUUUCUAAUGAGAAAGGUAAGAGAAGACUGGGUUUCUCCUCACAAAUGUGUUAACAUGGUAUCAGAGCCUCUAUAAACCCUAGUCGUCGUCACAAUGACUGCCACUGUCCAGCCAAACGAUCCAGUCAACAACGCUGCAAAUGAAGUUGCAAAUACUGUUGCUGUCAAUCCUCCUGUUGAUCCCAUGGCAGACCCCUACAAUCUCCAUGGCUCUGAACAACCAGGGUUGCUGUUAGUGGGCGAGAAACUUACCCCCACCAACUACAAUGAUUGGAGUCAGGCCAUGUUGAAUGCUUUGGGAGCCAAGAACAAGCUUGGCUUCAUCAAUGGUUCCAUUCCACAUCCAGGCGCAUAUCAUCCAAAUGCUUGGGCUUGGAACAGGAACAGGAGCAAUGUCAUGGUUCUCUCAUGGAUCCAACAGACCGUUGAAGCAACCAUCAGGAAGACCAUCAUGUCUUGCAAAACUUCACUUGAAGCAUGGCGCAGUCUCAGAUCUCGUUAUGGUCAGGGUGAUGUGGUAAGGAUUGCUAAACUUACUGAAUCUCUAAGCACUCUCAAACAAGGUAGCCAGUCAGUAACUGAGUAUUAUGGCAACCUCAUUGCCAUUCGAGAUGAAUUAGACAACUACCAGCCACUUGAACAUUGUACCUGCACACCAACUAGUCGAGAAACAUGUGCUGCUAUGAGAUUGGUAUUUGCAUACAGGGACAUAAAUUAUGUUAUUCAAUUUCUAAGAGCAUUGAAUGAGAACUUCUCCAGCGUCAGAUCCCAAGUUCUUUUUGGUGAUUCAUUGCCAUCCAUAGAUCGAGUCUUGCAGAGGAUGUUGCAGCAUGAAAGACAAUAGUAUGGCACACUGCCAUCCAAAGUUCUCUCAGGAGAAGCACUGACUCUUGCAGCUCAGACCAGCAACAAUACUCAAAUCAGAAGGCCACGCCCUUACUGCACUCACUGCAAGUUCUUAGGCCACAAUGAGGAUGAAUACCACAAGCAUGGCUGGCCCCCAGGGAUGAAUACCAGAUCUUCCAAUCCUUCUGGAAAACCACUUGAGUGUACAUUCUGCAAGAAACAAGGUCAUAUAGAGGACAAAUGCUUCAACAAACAUGGCUACCCAAACCCAAGAGGACCCCCACGCAACAAACUUCAAGUGAACACAGCCAGUUCAGAUGAUUUACAGCAAGAGGUGAAGCUCACCAAGGCAGAUUACAUGAAACUGAUGUCACUCAUGCAUGACAAAGGUAAUCCCAGGCCUUCCACCAGUGCCAACUCUCCCUUUACUGAUGCUACUUUCACCACCAAACCAACAAACCCCCCAGGUAAAUUUCUGCUCAAUGUGAGUGAUAAAACACGACAUCAUCAAACCUGGAUUCUUGGCACUGGAGCUUCUGACCACAUAGUUUGUUCCCUUAGUUAUUUAACAAACUACAGAAGCACAAACAACAUCUUCAUUACCUUACCAACAUGAGAUAAAGUACAAGCAACACACAUAGGCACUAUCACUUGUGUUGCUAGGCUCAUUUUACAUGAAGCCUUAUUUGUUCCUCAAUUCAGCUUCAAUCUUAUCUCUGUCAGUCAACUUACCAAAGACAAAUCUCUUUGCCUUACCUUCAUUUCCAAUGUCUGUUUGAUCCAUGAUAUGCAACUAAGGAGGAUGACUGGUUCUGCUAAGCUCUCCUCUGGCCUUUACCACCUUGAGACCCCUGUAGAUACCAACUCACCAAAACUUAUCUUAGCUGCCAGCACACAAGCCUUUGAUAUCUGGCACCAUAGACUAGGCCAUGUCUCUCAUUCAAAAGUGCCCUUUUUGCAAACAUUUUGUCCACAUAUAUAUACAAACAGCUCUAUAGCCUGUGAUGUCUGUCAUUUUGCUAGGCAGAAGAGACUCCCAUUUCCUUCCAGUACCGCUGUAACCAAACAAGUUUUUGAUUUGCUACAUGUUGACAUCUGGGGACCAAAUCCAGUCCCUAGUUAUGAUGGUUUCAAGUAUUUUCUCAUAAUUGUUGAUGAUUAUAGUAGGAUGACUUGGUUGAUUUCCUUACAAACUAAAUUAGAAGCUAGACCAAAACUUCAAGCUUUCUGUUCCUAUGCAGAAAGACAGUUUCAAACCAAAGUUAAGAGAAUUAGGAGUGACCAAGGUAGAGAAUUCACCAUGACUGAUAUCUUUAACCAAACUGGCAUCCUUCAUGAGUUGAGCUGUGUUGAGACUCCUCAACAAAACAACAAAGUAGAGAGGAAGCAUCAGCAUAUUCUAGCUGUUGCUAGAGCCCUCAAAUUUCAGGCCAAUCUCCCUCCUGCUUUUUGGUGAGACUGUGUCAAACACUCAGUCUACUUAAUCAACAGGGUUCCCACUCUUGUUCUUGGGAAUCAAACACCAUAUGAAAAACUCCAUAAUGAACCACCAGACCUACCUGACCUCAGAGUCUUUGGAUGCUUAUGUUUUGAUAGUACCCUAGCCAAUCACAGAGGGAAGUUUGAUCCUAGAGCUAGGAAAGGUGUGUUCAUUGGCUUUCAAAAUGGAAUGAAGGGUUAUAAAAUUUAUGACAUUCUCACUCGUGAUGUUUUUAUCCAGAGAUGUUCAAUUUCAUGAACACAUAUUCUCUUUUCACAACUCUACCCCAAACCAAAACCCAGCCUACUCAACUCCCUCUUAUCCAGCCUUAUUUGAUGACUCAAGUCCAUCUUACUCUCCUUCUCCACUCCUUGACCCUUCCCCACUCAUUCCGGAUCACCACUUUGACACAGAUACUGAAAAUGACUCUAAUCAUGAUUCUCCAUCUCCUACACCACCUCCCCCACCACCACAAACAGACCCUAUCCCUGUCCGCAAAUCCACUAGAACCAUCAAACGUCAUUCCCACCUACAACAAUAUCAUUGUAACAUGCUUCAACAUCAUUCUUCAACCAGUCAUCCCAACCAGUUGGCAUCUCCAGUUAUGAAACAUCCUCUCUCAUCAGUCAUUGACUAUUCUACUUUAUAUCCUAAUCACAAACAUUUUGUUCUAAGCAUUUUAUCCCUCAAAGAACCAGAAUCAUACAAGGAAGCCAUUUUGUUUCCAUAAUGGAAUGAUACAAUGACAACUGAAACAAAGGCUUUGGAAUCCAACCAAAUUUGGGAUGUGGUUAAACUCCCACCUGGGAAGAAAGCAGUGGGUAACAAAUGGGUCUAUAAAAACAAGCAUUUGGCAGAUGGCAUUUUGGAAAGAUAGAAAGCAAGACUUAUAGCAAAAGGCUACAGUCAACAGGAAGGAGUGGAUUGUCAGGACACUUUUGCUCCUGUAGUGAAAAUGACCACUAUCAGGCUGUUCCUAGCUAUUGCUGCAUCCCAAAACUGGCAUAUCUAACAAUUGGAUGUUAACAACGCCUUUCUACAUGGCGAAUUGGAUCAGGAGGUUUACAUGAAACUCCCACCUGGCUACAUCCCCCCUCCAGGUUUCAAAAAUCCAGUCUGCCGCCUCAAGAAAUCAAUCUAUGGACUAAAACAAGCUUAAUGGCAGUGGUUCACAAAGUUGGCAACCAAACUGCAGUCACAAGGUUACUCUCCAAGCAAAGUGGAUCGCUCUCUUUUCUACAAAUCAACAGGUUCUUCCUACACCUGCAUACUGGUUUACGUGGAUGAUUUGGUUAUUGGAGGGAAUAAUCUGGAUGAAAUUCAAAGCCUCAAGACAUUUCUACAUCACACAUUCAACAUCAAAGAUAUGGGGAACUUAGAAAUUUUUCCUUGGCAUUGAAGUUGCCAGAAGCAAAAAGGGAAUUCACAUUUCUCAAAGGAAGUAUACACUGGAGAUUCCUGAGGAAGCAAACCUUCUCAACUCCAAACCAUCCACUACUCCAAUGGAUUACAAGCAUCAUCUUUCAGUUGAACAUUCGGAUCCGUUUCCUAUUCCAGAAACCUACAGGAGACUAGUGGGAAAACUCAUCUAUCUCACUACAACAAGGCCAGAUAUAAUAAGCUAUGCAACCCAGCAAGUAAGCCAAUACAUGCCCAACCCCAGCAAUGAUCAUUACAAAGCAGUAGUCAGGAUCUUGCGUUACCUCAAGUCUGCACCUUCAUCUGGGCUCUUCUUCCCAGCUUCUUCUACUCUCCAUUUGAAGGCCUUCAGUGACUCAUACUGGGAUGCUUGCGUGGACACAAGACGUUCUGUCACUGGCUACUGUGUGUAUCUUGGGGAUUCCUUGAUUUCCAGGAAAAGCAAGAAACAAACCACCAUUUCAAGAUCUUCCUAUGAGGCUGAGUACAGAGCUCUCGCAUAUACAACCUGUGAGGUACAAUGGUUACUUUACCUUCUCAAUGAAUUUCAAAUUCCUCA